CUAUCUUCUCUGCUGGAGCGAGAGAAGACGUAAGGCUUGCUGAGCAAGAGUGAGAGGGUGAGAGAGAGAGGGUGUGGGUGAGAGAGAGCAAGAGGCGGAGUAGGAAGGCUGAAGUUAAAGACAAUUGGAUUGACUGUUCUCAGACUUGCAUUGCAACCAUGGGGCUGGGAAGAGGGAAGGAUGAGUACAAACUGGCGGCAACGUCUGAUGGUGACGACAAGAAAGGCAAGAAGGGCAAAGCCGACAAAAAGAACAUGGACGACCUGAAGAAAGAAGUGGAUUUGGAUGACCAUAAACUCACCUUGGAUGAACUUCAUAGGAAGUAUGGAACCGACCUUGCCAGGGGUCUGUCCUCCUCCAGAGCAAAAGAGAUUCUGGCCCGUGAUGGCCCCAAUGCCCUCACCCCUCCACCCACUACACCUGAGUGGGUCAAGUUUUGCAAACAGCUCUUUGGUGGUUUCUCCAUGCUCCUAUGGAUUGGUGCCGUCCUCUGCUUCCUUGCCUACGGUAUCCAGGCAGCCUAUGAAGACGAACCCGCCAAUGAUAACUUGUACCUUGGCGUUGUGCUGUCUGCUGUUGUCAUCAUCACUGGCUGCUUCUCCUAUUACCAAGAGGCCAAGAGCUCUAAGAUCAUGGAGUCCUUCAAAAAUCUUGUCCCACAGCAAGCUUUGGUUAUCCGUGAUGGGGAGAAGAACAGUAUUAACGCUGAGGAUGUGGUGGCCGGAGACCUGGUUGAGGUGAAAGGUGGUGACAGGAUCCCUGCCGAUCUGCGAAUCAUCUCCGCCCAUGGUUGCAAGGUGGACAACUCCUCUUUGACUGGUGAAUCCGAGCCACAGACCCGUACUCCAGAUUUCUCCAACGACAACCCCCUGGAGACCAGGAACAUUGUUUUCUUCUCUACCAACUGCGUUGAAGGCACAGCCAGAGGAGUCGUCAUCAACACCGGAGACCGCACUGUCAUGGGUCGCAUUGCUACACUGGCUUCCAGUUUGGAAGGCGGCAAGACUCCAAUUGCCAUUGAGAUUGAGCACUUCAUCCACAUAAUCACCGGUGUGGCUGUAUUCCUGGGCGUGUCGUUCUUCAUUCUCUCCCUGAUUCUUGGGUACGGCUGGCUGGAGGCAGUCAUCUUCCUUAUUGGAAUCAUUGUUGCCAAUGUGCCAGAGGGUCUUCUGGCAACUGUCACUGUAUGUCUGACCCUGACUGCUAAGCGUAUGGCCAAGAAGAAUUGCUUGGUGAAAAACCUGGAAGCCGUCGAGACCCUGGGGUCCACCUCCACCAUCUGCUCAGAUAAGACCGGCACCUUGACCCAAAAUAGGAUGACGGUGGCUCACAUGUGGUUCGACAACCAGAUUCACGAGGCAGACACCACUGAGAACCAAAGCGGAACGUCCUUUGACAGGAGCUCCGAUACAUGGGCUGCCCUGGCCAGAAUUGCUGGACUCUGUAACCGAGCUGUCUUCCUCGCGGAGCAGUCCAACGUUCCAAUCCUGAAGAGGGAUGUAGCCGGUGAUGCCUCUGAGGCUGCGUUGCUGAAAUGCAUCGAGUUGUGCUGUGGAUCUGUCAGUGGCAUGCGAGAAAAAUACAGCAAGGUCGCCGAAAUCCCUUUCAACUCUACAAACAAGUACCAGCUUUCCAUUCAUAAGAACUCAACUUCAGGAGAGACCAAACAUCUGCUGGUCAUGAAAGGUGCCCCUGAGAGGAUUUUGGACCGCUGCUCUACCAUCAUGAUGCAGGGCAAGGAACAACCACUGGAUGAGGAGAUGAAAGAUGCUUUCCAGAAUGCCUAUGUUGAGCUCGGAGGACUUGGAGAGAGAGUGCUGGGUUUCUGCCAUUUCAACCUUCCCGAUGACCAGUUCCCGGAGGGCUUUGCCUUUGACACAGACGAGGUGAACUUUCCCACUGAAAAGUUGUGCUUCAUUGGCCUCAUGUCCAUGAUCGACCCCCCUCGUGCUGCCGUGCCAGAUGCUGUUGGCAAAUGCAGAAGCGCUGGAAUCAAGGUUAUUAUGGUAACAGGUGAUCAUCCAAUCACAGCCAAGGCAAUUGCCAAGGGCGUAGGCAUCAUCUCUGAGGGCAAUGAGACGGUUGAAGAUAUUGCGGCUCGCUUAAACGUUCCAGUGUCAGAGGUCAAUCCCAGGGACGCAAAGGCCUGUGUGGUCCAUGGUGGCGAGCUAAAGGAGAUGACCUCAGAUCAUCUUGACGAUAUUCUGAGCCACCACACUGAAAUUGUUUUUGCCAGAACCUCACCCCAGCAGAAACUAAUUAUUGUGGAGGGCUGCCAGCGACAGGGAGCCAUUGUUGCUGUGACUGGUGAUGGUGUCAACGACUCUCCAGCUCUGAAGAAAGCUGACAUUGGUGUCGCCAUGGGGAUUGCUGGAUCUGACGUCUCCAAGCAAGCGGCUGACAUGAUCCUGCUGGAUGACAACUUUGCCUCCAUUGUUACUGGAGUGGAAGAAGGCCGUCUGAUCUUUGACAACUUGAAGAAGUCCAUCGCUUACACACUGACCAGCAACAUCCCUGAGAUUUCACCCUUCCUCCUCUUCAUCAUUGCCAACAUUCCCUUGCCUCUGGGAACCGUCACCAUCCUCUGUAUCGACCUGGGAACUGACAUGGUUCCUGCCAUUUCCCUGGCUUACGAAGCAGCCGAGAGCGACAUCAUGAAGAGACAGCCCAGAAAUCCCAAAACAGACAAACUGGUGAACGAGAGGCUCAUCAGCAUCGCCUACGGACAGAUCGGUAUGAUGCAGGCCACAGCAGGCUUCUUCACAUACUUUGUGAUCCUGGCUGAGAACGGCUUCCUGCCCAUGGACCUGCUAGGCCUUCGAGUGCUCUGGGACAACAAAUAUGUAAACGACCUGGAGGACAGCUACGGGCAGCAGUGGACAUACGAGCGCAGGAAAAUAGUCGAGUUCACCUGCCACACAGCCUUCUUUGCCAGCAUUGUCAUUGUGCAGUGGGCUGAUCUGAUCAUCUGCAAGACGAGGAGGAACUCCAUCCUGCAGCAGGGCAUGAAGAACCGCAUCCUUAUCUUUGGACUGUUUGAGGAGACUGCCCUGGCUGCCUUCCUAUCAUACUGCCCUGGAAUGGAUGUUGCCCUCAGAAUGUAUCCUCUCAAGCCAUGCUGGUGGUUCUGUGCCUUCCCAUACUCACUGCUCAUCUUCCUGUACGAUGAGGCCAGAAGAUACAUCCUCAGACGCAACCCAGGAGGUUGGGUGGAGCAGGAGACGUACUACUGAUUUGCGAAAGGACAUUAUUCACUGCCAUGUUACAUACUUGGACAUACGUCAGACGUUGAAAUCAUGGAUAAAGUAACAUCUUGAUCAACAUGUCAAUAAAGCAUUGCCCAACUAUUAAA